CGUUGUAACGGUGCAGGCGAAGUGAUGAAUCCCGACGAGUUUACGGACAAGACUAAUGAGGCUCUCAAGAGUGCUCGCAAGAUAGCGAUGAGCAGUGGCCACGCGCAGUACACUCCUCUCCAUCUCGCGCACUCUCUACUCUCCCACAGGGGAAUAUUCUCUCAAGCGCUAUCCAACGCGGCGGGAGAGGAAUCGGCGAGCGAGGCGAAGAGAGUGUUUAGCCAAGCGCUGAAGAAGUUGCCCUCGCAAUCUCAUCCUCCGCACGUAGUUUCAGCCAGCUCGAGCCUCUUCAAAGCUAUCAACAAAGCACAAUCGCUCCAGAAGACGCGUCGCAACAAGCACCUGGACGUCCACCAGCUCAUCCUCGACCUUCUGGAAGAUUCUCAUAUAUCAUACUUGCUCGGUGUGGUGACACCGAAGGUGAAAUCAGAAGUCAAGAAGCUUCGCGGCAAGGAAGGAAGGAAAGUGAAAAGCGCCACGGGUGACAAAACCUUUCCGGCUUUGAAUACCUAUGGAGAAGACCUUGUGGAACAAGCAGGGAUGUUCAACCCGGUUAUUGGAAGGGAUAAGGAAAUACAAAGGGUUGUGAUGAUUUUAUCUAGUAGAAGUACGAAAAGAAACCCGAUUUUGAUUGGUGAACCGGGUGUGGGAAAAACUGCUGUGGUUGAAGGGUUGGCUCAAAGGAUCGUUAAAGGGAAAGUUCCUGGGAAUCUUGCUGAUGCUAGGCUCAUUGCAUUGGACAUGGGUGCGUUGGUUGCGGGUACGAAGUAUAGAGGGGAGUUUGAGGAGCGGUUUAUGGCAGUUUUGAAGGAGGUGAAAGAGGCUGAGGAGAAAGUUAUUCUGUUCAUUGAUGAGAUUCAUUUGGUUCUUGGUGCUGAGGGUUUCAUGGAUGCUGCUAAUUUGUUUAAGCCUAUGCUUGAGCGUGGUCAGUUGAGGUGCAUUGGUGCCACUACGCUUGAGGAGUAUAGGAAGUAUUUAGAGAAGGAUGCAACCUUUGAAAGAAGGUUUCAGCAGGUGUACGUGGCAGAACCAAGUGUUGUUGAUACUGUAAGUAUACUUCGUGGUUUGAAAGAAAGAUACGAAGGUCACCAUGGUGUAAGGAUUCUUGAUCAUGCUUUUGUUGUUGCGGUUCAAUUGUCUAGUCGCUACAUCACUGGUCGUCAUCUUCCAGACAAGGCAAUUGAUUUAGUUGAUGAGGCUUGUGCGAAUUUGAGAGUCCUACUUGAUAGUCAGCCGGAGGAAAUUGGCAACCUUGAAAGGAAGAGAAUGCAAUUAGAAGUGGAACUUCAUGCUCUGGAGAAAGAGAAAGACAAAGCCAGCAAAGCUCGUUUAGGAGAAGUAAGUGUUGAUGAUCUUACUAUGCUAAUUGUGUCAUUGUAAUUUGGAUUAUGUUUGUGUUACAACUAUUGUAAUUCUAUUGGCGCAAUUCAGGAAGUGGAAUCUGCAAUUCAAGAGCUUGAAGGGAACACUCAGGAAAAUGUAAUGUUGACAGAAACUGUUGGACCUGGACACAUUGCUGAGGUUGUUAGCCGCUGGACUGGCAUACCAGUGACAAGACUCGGGCAAAACGAUAAAGAAAGGUUGAUUGGUCUUGCUGACAGAUUGCACCAGAGAGUUGUAGGGCAAGACCAAGCCGUUAAUUCUGUAGCAGACGCUGUGCUGAGAUCAAGACCCAGGCUUGGGAGACCUCAACAACCAAUGUGCUCCUUCAUGUUCUUAGGUCCAACUGGUGUUGGAAAGACCGAGCUUGCAAAGGCCCUCGCUCAGCAACUUUUUGACGAUGAAAAUCAGUUGGUCAGAAUUGACAUGUCUGAAUACACGGAGCAACAUUUUGUUUCAAGCUUGAUUGGUGCAUCACCUGGGUAUGUUGGACACAAAGAAGGUGGUCAGCUAAUUGAAGCAGUAAGUGUUGUACUGUUUGAUGAAGUAGAAAAGGCACACAUAUCUGUGUUUAACACUCUUCUUCAAGUCUUGGAUGAUGGAAGGUUAACUGAUGGCCAAGGCCGCACUGUGGACUUUACAAACACAGUCAUUAUCAUAACCUCUAAUCUUGGGGCAGAGCACCUCCUUACUGGACUUUCAGGAAAAUAUUCAAUGCAAGCAGCUCGUGAUAAAGUAAUGCAGGAGGUAAGAAAAAAUUUUAGGCCAGAACUGUUGAAACGGCUUGAUGAAAUUGUUGUAUUUGAUCCUCUUUCCCAAGAGCAACUAAGGAAGGUUGCAAGGUUACACAUGAAGGAGGUUGCUUCUCGUCUAGCUGAGAGGGGAAUUGCAAUGACAGUGACUGAUGCAGUUCUUGACUAUAUCCUUAGUGAGAGCUGUGAUCCGGUUUAUGCUGCUAGACCAAUUAGGAGGAGGCUUGAGAGAAAGGUUCUGAUGGAGCUCUCUAGAAUGCUUCUGAAGGAAGAAAUUGUUGAGAACUCAACCGUUUACAUUGAUGUUGGUCCUGCGGGUAGUGAGCUAAUCUACCGGGUGAAAAAGAACGGAGGGUUGGCUAAUAACUCUGUAUGACCAAGAGAGGUUCAAGUUGAUGCUUUUGGUUUUUUUGAACAAUUUCUUUUCAUACUAAGUUGAUGAUUUUCUUCUUUUAAGCAACUUUUUUUCUGCAUGGAGUUGUUGAAGGAUGAAUAUCCCUAGUGUUGAAUUUUGUUUCAGGAAAUAAGCUAAAUAUAAACUGAAUGUUAUUUUC